AUGAUGAUUCAUCCGGUUGGCAUUUCAAGAGUCCCUGUAGGUGGCCCUGGUGUUGGUAGAGCAGCAGGGAGAGGGAUGCCACCCGGCAUACCAAUGGCUCAGGUACCUGCAGGACUAAUGGGACCAGUAAGAGGUGUUGGAGGUCCUUCACAGCAGGAAAUGGCCCCUCAGACAAGAGGAACUGGAAUUGCAUCUACUCCUAGCUUUUCUGCUGUCCCACAACCUUAUGCACCAAUGAGGGGAGCUCCUCCGGUUCUUGGUGAGCCAAGGCCAGGCUUUAUGAGACCACCGCCUGGCAUGAGACUUCCAUUUGGACCACCAACAAUUGGGAUGCCUUCAGGCAGAGUAACUCCCAUGGGAGUUCCUCCAGGAAUGAGACCACCAAUGAUGCCAAGGAUGAGAGGUCCUCCAGGAGCUAGAACACAUCCUCCAAAACCUUAAAGGUUUGUCCUUGAAGGACUUUGCCAUUGGGCUUUACUGUAGUAAUAGUGCCUUUUGAAGCAAUUUACUGUAAAGAGUUCAUGAAAUUGUUGUGUUCCAUUUCAAUCCUUGAAAUGUUUGUAUAGGAACCAGAGCUCUUUCAAUUUUGUGGGGGAAAAAUAAAAUCACUCGGUAUGAAAUAUUGCUGCCCAGGAGAGUCCGAUAAGCUGUCCCUGCUGAGCCCCAGCACAUACAAUACUUCCACUUUGGACUACAUAUUUUUGUUCUCUUGUUAAGGGCAAGUCCCUGUCGUCUACAUGUUUUUUUUUCAAAAAUACAUUUUAUUUAUAAAAUUCAUAUGCAAAAUAUCCAUUUGUAUAUUGUAAGAUUUUCAAGCAAUUUCAACAAGUACAUUUUUAAUAUUCUUCAUAAUUAACAAAUACAUUCCAUAUCAGGUAUGCAGGCCUAGGCCAAAAUAUUUCAAAGUGCAAAAUAUGGAAAAUGCCAUUGGUACAAAGAUCUCUAUGCAACAUGUUUCACUCUGAGAUUCUUCCAAUUUUUUUUGAUACUCUCACACUAAACAUUCUGAGAUGCACAGUGCUCGGUCUUAAGGCCUCAGAGAGUGACCUGUCCCCCGUGUGCCUCUACCAGGACUCCCCCCAAGCUUUAGUGAGUCACACAGCACAAAGUCCUGACCUUGGCAUGUGCUGGUCUUCACCGUUCAGUUGAGGACAACUCUGUACAUUAGAAGACCAGCAAGUUAUGGGCAGAACAAAGAGCAUCUUUCACUGAUUUGAUGGUCCUCCUGGCACAGUUGAUGUUUGUUUUGGUGUGAAUUCCUGGGGACGGUCCAUAGAGUACAAAUCCUUGUGUCAUGGAGCUGCUCAGGAUGAACCUCAACAAAACUCACUGCAUCUUCAGACAUUCUCUACAAAGGCAUGUUUCAUAAGUAGGUGGACAAUAGCUCCAUGCCCAACCAAGUCAGUUCAAGGGCAGCGUGCUUGUAGGAAGGAUCUUGCAUCAGUCAAGUUGUAGCUUGGUACUUGUUUGUAAGUUCUGAUGAUGAGACAGUCUGCUCAGGGAGUCAUCCAAUCGGAUCUACCAUCUUCUUUAGCCACAAAUUGUUGUGUGUGCUAUAUGCUGGUCAUUGUCUAAUGAUGUCUGUAUAAAUCUGUUUGUUUCACAGAUCUUGGGUAUUUGAUCUGACUCAUUGAUACCCCACAUAAUAGACAGGUCUUAUGUAUGUAAUUAGUGAAGAUAGAUGUGCAGGCCAUGUUAAUAAAAUUCUGGCUCAUGUCAGUUUGUGGCAUGUGUGCACAUAUUUGCAGGUAAUGACAGAUAUUUUGAGGGCAUUGACGUGCAUAUCGAUGUAAGGGGCUGCUGGUAUGUGAGCUCAAUCAAUAUGUAAUACAGAUCUGACCCUGUUCUUCUGGCGUUCAAUGCUGUAACUAAAACCAUAUGUUAAUUAUGGACAUGCCCUCAGCAGAAAGACAGGCUUCAACUAUUUAAAUUAAAUUUCUUUUGAGUUAGGUGCUAAUAGAUUUCUACUGGCUUGACGCCAGUAUGGAGACUGUUUCGGCACUAACA